AUGCCCCCUUCUCCGCUGUUGACCCAGUUGAAAGAGGGAGACAUCAUCAAAGAAAAGGUAUGGUCAGUAACGCUGCUGGACACGGAGACUGGGAUCCUCAGCCUCGGCGGCACAAUCGCAAAAGAGGUCGAGGAAGCGAAGAUACGGGGAGAAGUUGAGUUGAAGUACUUUGGCGAUCCUGCUGUGACCUCGGAAUGGGUGAGCGAGCAGGUGAUAGCUCAAUUACAGGGGGCCAUGCCGAACGAGAUACCUUGGGAACAGCAUUUCAAGUGGACGGAGGUGCAAGGCGCUGCGGGAUGGUGGACGGCGUUGAUGAAGGGCGUGUGGGUUAAUGGAGCAAAGGUCCUGAGGAACCAACCUAUCCUCUUCGACAUCGACGUCCCGUUCAUCCUGGCUCCACCGCUCGCAGCCCAGCGGUUCUACGACUCCAUCGGCGGUACGAAACGGCUGCCUCCUCCCUACGACUUCUACUUCGCCUUCCCAUGCUUUAACGAAGUCCAUAUCGCCUUUGAAAUUGCUGGACAGAACUUUCCCGCAAUGCAGGGUCAGGGUACUUGGGCGGAUGGGCUGCAUGGCCCGGCAGGAGGAAGAUUUAGCCUGGGGAAACUGGGCGAUGGAUCGGGGUACUGCGUAGGAAGCGUGGUGGAGACGAGGAUGGGCCAGAAGAGAGAAUGGCUAGAAAGUGGCAUGAAAGAUGUAUGGGUGCUUGGAGAGCCUUUCUUCCGAGGACUGGGGGUGGCAUUUGAUAUAGACAAAGGGAGGGUAGGGGUGAGGAUGUACUGA